AUGUCAUACUCGAAAUUAAGCUCAAUUGCGUUUGGUGAGGACAAUUGGUGUCUGCGAAUGCAGCCAAUCUAUAACCGCGGAUUGUUGACCGCCUUGAGUAACGGUACGGUCCAAAUCAUCGAUUGGAAUAUUAAUAAAGUCGUCAAUUCCUUUCAAGCACACGAAACACCCAUCAACGACAUGAAGCUCAUAAAUGGCGAUACACUGAACGCGACGUUAGCUGCCACCGCUGCUGAAGACUCCGUGAAGAUCUUUGACGUCCGGUCUCAGGAAUUGGUCGCGACACUCAAAAACGAGAAAUCUGCGCCCUUUGUGUCCUUGGACUCAAGACACGACAUUCUUGCGUGCGGCACAGAGCUCAGCGGUGUGGAUGCCGAGCUUCAUCUUUACGAUGUAAGACAGUGGCAGCAACCAGUGCGCUCGUUAGUGGAUUCUCACCAUGACGACAUCACCACGAUUAAAUUUCACCCUAGUGACCCCAAUGUAUUGCUGAGUGGGUCCACUGAUGGGUAUGUGAAUGUCUACGAUCUGACUCAGGACGAGGAGGACGAUGCACUGCACCAGGUGAUCAAUUUUGCGUCUAUUCACACUUGCGGGUGGUCCUCUCCCAAUCGAAUUUACACUUUGUCACACAUGGAGACUUUUGGCAUCCACGAGCUGAACAAGAAGCAAGAGGAGUCAACAGAGCCCAAACCCAUUGAGUUUGGAGAUAUUAGAAAACCUUGGGACUGCAACUACGUUGUUGACGUGUGUCCUGGUUUCAUUGCCACGGGCAAAACGGAAGAAGGCCGUGGCGAGCUGAAAUUGAUACCGUUUAUCAACGAGACCGUCAACUUGGGCUCCGCAAUUACAAUCCCGCACGCUCACGGCGACGAAGUGAUCAGAGAUGUGCUUGUGCCGGCUCCAAGCCAAGAACUUCUGUACUCCUGCGGCGAAGAUGGUCGCGUGAACGUCUGGAAAUCGUCCUCGGGACCCGUAAACGUGCCUACCGAGUUUUGGCCAUAUUCCCAGGCAAUGGAUAUGUUUAAAGGUGAACUUCCGCAAGUGGAAAUGGCUGAAAUCGACGAAAAUCCCGACAAUAGUCCAGAGCCUUCCCCGGCACCUUCACAGACGUUUAAAAAGCGCAAAUCGAAAGAUAAAAAGAAGGCGCCAAAGGGAUCAAAAGGCGCUAGUAAAUCUUUCAAAAAUGCUUCGAAACAUCACAGGUUUCAACCAUACUGA